AUGCUUCCAUCAAAACAAAUUUCCACCAAAGCUUUUGUUGUGGAUUCUCCAGGGGCUUCAUUUGUCCUUCAAGAUGUUGUAUUGGAUGAAGUUCGCGAUAAUGAAGUAUUAGUGGAGAUGAAGUAUACUGGCCUGUGCCACACAGAUAUCGUUGUUCAAAAUGGAGCUAUCCCCGUCGGCGACUAUCCAGCUGUAUUAGGGCAUGAAGGCGCAGGCAUUGUUCGUCGUAUUGGGAAGGGGGUCAAGGACAAGACUUUGGCUGAGGGUGACCUAGUUUUCCUCAGUUUCACAACCUGCAAUAGUUGCAGGUCAUGCAAGGAAGGGCGCAAUGGAUUCUGUCGUCGAUUCACAGAGAUCAACUUCGGCGGCGUACGCGGCAUAUCUGCCAAGGACUCGCCCAUCUCAUCGACUGGAGGGCAGCCUGUGCGAGGGCAGUUUUUCGGACAAUCAUCGAUGAGUAAACUUGCAAUUAUUUCUGAGACAUCUAUCGUGAAGAGCCCGUCUUCUUUGGGCGUCACGGAAGCAGACAUGGCCUCCUUGGCUCCACUCGGCUGCGGGUAUCUGACUGGAGCUGGCACUGUUCUCAAUAUUUUGAAGCCUAAAUUGUCUACUAGUUUCGCAGUGUUGGGCAUGGGAGCUGUCGGGUUUGCCGCAAUGAUGGCAGCUCGUGCUCAAGGCGUUGAAAAUGUUAUCGCUGUGGACAUUGUUGAUGCAAAACUUACGCUAGCCAAGUCUCUUGGUGCUUCGUACACGUUGAAUACGAAGACUGUCCCCAAUCUCGAACAGGGAUUGCGAGAGAUAUUCCCGGAUGGUGUCGAUCAUAUACUUGACACUACUGGUGUAGCUUCGCUGCUUCAAUCCUCGAUAGCUGCAUUAGGCCACGAAGGAACUUUGGCGAUUGUGGGUGUCGCCCCUGCGGAUGCCUCCCUAAGCAUCAAUCCGUUGGAGUUCAUGAUUAACUGCAAGCGCAUCGUUGGUGCCAUUGAAGGGUCUUCAAACCCAUCCACUUUACUUCCGCAGUUGAUCGAUUGGUAUAAACAAGGCAAAUUCCCGGUUGACAAAUUAGUCGAGGUCUAUGAUUUAACCUCGUUGGACCGAGCAUUAGACGAUUUACGCACCGGGAAAGUCAUCAAACCGGUGAUCAAGUGGAUGGAUUUAUGA